GUAUUAUAUAUACACACACAAAUUCAUAACCCUCUACUCUCCGUCCUCAUCGCUUUCUCUAUCUUCUUUCGUUUUCUCUUUUGUUUUUACAUGCAUUCGAUCCCCCCGCCCUUUUAAUUUUUCAAUUUUUUAGGGGGGAGGAGUCAUCGUUACAUUGUUAUUGUUAUUAUUGUUGUUGUUUUUAUCAAUUUCAUGUUUUUAAUACGUUUGCGUUGAAUAAAAGAGAGAUGGAGGCUCCUCAAGAGGAAGUGAUGGGUGGAGUCUCUAAGGGCAAACGCACUAAACGUGUUAGGCCACAAUCUCUAAUCACUUUCAUGACCAUUAAUAAUGCACAUUCAUCAUCAACCGGCGACACGAACGUCGAUGGCACGGUUAACGGAGAAGAAGUCAACGACAACGACAACAAUAAUAAUGAUUCUAGUCCACCAUGUACCACUUCGGGCAAAAACUUCCUUGAUGAUGAUGUCCCCACGGAGGAAGAAGAAGAAACCGCCAAGUGUCUCAUACUCUUGUCCCAAGGUGGUCAUCAUCAUCAUCAUCAUCACCGUCGUCAGACCCCACCUAAAAAGUUCCUUGAUCUUUUCAAUGAUGACAUGGGGUUGUACCAAACAAAAUUCAAUAGCAAGAGGUAUGUGGAAACAACCGACCUAGGGAAUGGUGCCAAGGCCGGUACAUACGUGUACGAAUGCAAGACAUGUAACAGGACAUUCUCAUCAUUUCAAGCACUAGGUGGACACAGAGCAAGUCAUAAAAAACCUAAGCCAUUGACAAUCGAACCGAAAAAACAUCCAUUCUUCUAUUUUUCAGACCAAGACGAACCUUCACCACCACCAGCAACAACACCACCAAAUUACAAAUACAACAACAAAUUGUCACCAACAUUAUCUCCUCUUUCAUCCCAAUUCAACAAUAUAAAUAUGGAAAGUGCUCCAAAUUACAACAAAUCACAAUCUCCUAGAAUCCACACAUGUUCAUAUUGUGGUGCUGAAUUUACCUCAGGACAAGCAUUAGGUGGUCACAUGAGAAGACAUAGAGGGGGUGCUAAUAUUAACAAUACAAUUUUGUGUUUAAGCCCUUUAAGUAUUGAUCAAGAAUAUGCUAAUUAUAAUUUGAAGAAACCAAGAAAUGGAUUAUCAUUAGAUCUUAAUCUUCCAGCACCACAAGAUUAUCAAAAUCAAUCAAGAAAUCUUCAACAUCCACCAAAAUAUCCUCAAGAACAAGCACAAAAGCAACAACAACAAGAAGAAGAACAACAACAAACAACACUUGUUUUAUCCACCACCCCACAACUUAUUGAUUGUCAUUAUUGACACAACACAUUCAGAGAGUUUUGAGUUUACAGGUUGCGUAUACAAUGGUUCAUUUAUUUUUUUUUCCUUUUUCUCUAUGAAACCCAAAAAUUAAAUUGAUUUAUACGCAAACAAUCGCGAUUUUACAUGGAUAUUGUCAAAAAGGUAAAUGAGAGUAACCAUCACUCUUUCAUCUCUUAUUGUUAAAAAUUCUUUAACUUUAUUCCUCAUGAA